AUGUCGAAGCCCGGCAAAUACCUCCUUCUCUCCCUCCCCACUUCCAUCGUCCCCUCCCACCACAAAGACGAUGCCCUCGACGCCGUCUCGAAGACUGUCACCCCCGACAAUGGCUCCGCUGCGUCUUUCCCUAUCCCGGAGUUCAAGAUCGGCACAUUAGACGGCUUGGUCCAGCAGGCGGAUGAGCUUGCGAAGCUGGAGGGACAGUGUGAGGGUGUUGUUGGCAAGGUGGGCGAUGCGUUGAAGAAUAUCCUGGACGGAGACGAGGCGCAGAUUGAGCGGAUGAAGGUUGUCAAUGAUAAACCCGUGGACCAGUAUCUCCGCUCUUUCCAGUGGAAUAAGGUCAAGUACCGCGCUGAUAAGCCCUUGGCGGAACUUAUUGACCUGCUGUCCAAGGAAGCUGCCAGCAUCGACAAUGACAUUCGGACCAAGUACUCGCAAUAUAACCAGGUCAAGAACAACCUGGCCACGCUCCAGCGGAAACAAGCAGGAAAUCUCUCCACAAAAUCCCUCGCCUCCAUCGUCGACCCGAAAUCCGUCGUCCAAGACUCCGAGUACAUUGAAACCCACCUCAUUGCCGUGCCCUCGCAACUAGUCAAGGAUUUCCUCAAGACCUACGAGACUGUCUCUGCAAUGGUCGUCCCGCGAUCCGCGCAGUUGAUUGCUACUGACAGUGAGUUCUCGUUGUAUGCCGUGACGGCCUUCAAGAAGCACAGUGUCGAGUUUGUGCACAAGUGCCGUGAGCAGAAAUGGAUCCCUCGAGACUUCAAGUAUGUGGAGGGUGGUAAGGAGGAGGAAAAGAAGGAGGUUGAGAGAGUUGGGGGUGAUGAGCGCAAGCUUUGGGGGGAGACGCUGCGACUGGGCCGGACGGCUUGGAGCGAGGCCGUUAUGGUCUGGAUUCACAUUCUCGUUUUGAGGGUCUUUGUUGAGACUGUGCUGCGGUAUGGAUUGCCGCUGGACUUUGUUUGCGCUUUGAUUCGGACUCCGUCAUCCAAGCAAGCAGACAAGGCCAAGCAACUUCUCGACGAUAAGUACUCCUACUUGGCUGGUAACGCAUUUGGCCGCGACAAGAAGGGUCGGGUUAAGAAGGAUGACCCUAACGAGAUGCACGGAGCUGAGGGUGGUGCUGAAUACACUCCCUAUGUGUUCUACGAAUUCGAGUUCCAGUGA